GGCGGGAGGUGGAGAGGCGGAGGAGGAAGCGGAGAAACACGCGCCGCUCCGCGGCGGAUCUAGACGGUGGGGGAGGCAGGCGGGAAGAUCGCGGGGAGCCCUGGCAACAGGUCUACGCAUGCGUCCGCGGGGCCGACUGCAAGAGGGGAAAGCGAAACCGCGAGGGAGCGAGGGGCGGGGUCUGGGAGGUAGAGGAACCGUUUCCCGGAAGGGGCGGGACUAGCGGCUAGGGCGCUGGAUUCGAAAUUGCGGCCCGGCGCUAAGUGCUUGGGAAGGCAGCUUGGGUAGGGCUUUUCCUUUUUGUUUUCCGUUUCUCUCGUUUUAGCGCGGAUUUGAGGGGAUCGGGAACUUGAGGGCGGCGGUAGUUACCGGGCCAGACUGGUAAAUGACAGACGUGUUCCUUCCACAGCCGCGAGGAGGGGCUGUCUGGCCAUUUGCCUGCUCCCAUGUUCCUUGCUUAAGUAUACCUCAGAUAACAGCAGAUAAUCACCAGGAUGGGAGUGAAUGACUUGUGGCAAAUUUUGGAGCCUGUAAAGCAACAUAUCCACCUGCAGGAUCUUAGUGGGAAAACCAUUGCUGUUGAUUUGAGCCUCUGGGUAUGUGAAGCACAGACAGUGAAGAAAAUGAUUGGAACUGUCGUGAAGCCCCACCUCAGGAACCUAUUUUUUCGUAUUUCAUACUUAAUUCAAAGGAAUGUAAAACUGGUGUUUGUAAUGGAAGGGGAGCCACCAAAGCUGAAAGCUGAUGUCAUGAGCAAGAGGACUCAGACACGUUAUGGGCCGCCUGGAAAACCAUGCGCUCAGAAGACAGGGAGAUCACAUUUCAAGUCAGUCUUGCGAGAGUGCCUUGAGAUGCUAGAGUGCCUAGGAGUCCCCUGGGUCCAGGCUGCUGGGGAAGCCGAAGCCAUGUGUGCCUACCUUAACGCCAGUGGCCAUGUGGAUGGCUGCCUCACCAAUGAUGGCGAUGCCUUUCUUUAUGGAGCUCAGACGGUUUACAGGAAUUUCACUAUGAACACAAAGGAUCCACAUGUUGACUGUUAUACAGUAUCAUCUAUCAAGAGUAAGCUAGGCUUGGAUCGCGAUGCCCUGGUUGGUCUGGCAGUACUUCUUGGCUGUGAUUAUCUUCCAAAGGGAGUGCCUGGAGUUGGAAAAGAACAAGCACUAAAACUGCUGCGGAUUUUGAAAGGUCAAAGUUUGCUUCAGAGAUUUAACCAGUGGAUUGAAGAACCUUGCUCCUCUAUUCCACAACCAGCAGCUAAAAACGUGGCUCACUGCUCUGUGUGUUCCCAUCCAGGUUCACCUAAGGAUCAUGAACGUAAUGGAUGCACAUUUUGUAAAAGUGACAGAUAUUGUGAACCACAUGAUUAUGAAUACCGCUGUCCUUGUGAAUGGCACCAGACGAACCAUAAUAGGCAACUAAAUGAAAUAGAAAACAUUAUUAAAAAGAAAGCUUGCAGUUGCAAGGGAUUUCCAUUCCAUGAGGUAAUCCAAGAAUUCCUUUUGAAUAAGGAUAAAAUGUUGAAACCUAUCAGGUACCAAAGACCUGAUUUAUUAUUGUUUCAGAGGUUAACUGUUCAAAAAAUGGAGUGGCCCAGUCACUAUGCAUGUGAGAAGUUGUUGGUGCUUUUGACCCACUAUGACAUGACAGAAAGAAAACUUGGGAGAAAGAACUCUGGUCAACUACAGCCAAUUAGAAUUGUUAAGCCCCGAAUCAGAAAUGGAGUUCGUUGUCUUGAAAUAGAAUGGGAAAAGCCUGAGCAUUAUGCUAUGGAAGACACAGAGGCUGGAGAACUGGAUCUCCUUACUGUUGAAGAAGCAUCACUGUUUGAAGCAGCCUAUCCUGAGGUUGUUGCUGUCUACCAGAAACAGCAGUUAGAAACUCAAGGGAAGAAACAGAAGAGUAAGAAAGUUAAGCCUAAAGGAAACAGUUUACCAGAAUUGGAUAAUGUAGUCAGUUCUCAAUCAUUUAUGACUUUAAAACCUGUAUGUGAAGUCUUCCCCAAGCAAAAUUGCAAAAUUAAUUUGGAAAUUUCUCCAGAUCUUAUUUUGCCACAGGAAUCUACUUCUCCCUCACUGAGGAGUUUAGUUUUUUCUGAAAGUACUCCCUGUUUGAAUUCGCAAGAACAUUUCCUGCCUUCUCCAAAACCUUUGACUGGAAAGCAAACUAAAGAUGUCACUAAUUUUCUAGUUGCAGAAUGCAGUCAGCCCAGCUCUUCAUCCCACAAUAUUUCUGUGAUUUCUAAUCUAGAGUUGAGUACCAUUGACUGGGAAGGAACUUCUUUUAGUAAUCUUCCAUCUGUUCAAAGAAACACUUUGUCCCAAGAUUUACAAUCAGAGCUUGAGUCAUCAUCCAUCCUUCCUGACUUUGAAAAUACCCCAGAACAAUUGCCAUACAAAUCAGAACAACGCACCACAAACAAUGAAGAGCUGGGUAGAGAUCUUCAAAAGAUUAAUCCUGAAGAACACCUACUUUCUGGCAUCACUGCUUUAUAUCUUCACGAUUUGCCUCUAAAGGAACGAAUACAUAUAAAGUCCUCAUGCCCUGAGUAUAAUGUACAAGCACAUGCUAACCUGGAAAGUUUGCCCAUAAAAGUAAAAAGCUCUUGUAUUAAUGACAGUAGCUCCUCUGGUUGUUUAUCGAAUUUCUCAAAGGAAUUUCCAGGAAUAUAUCUGCACAAAGAGUCCAAAAACUUGAAAGUACUAGACAACCAACUCCUUCAAGAAAAUUCUACAGUGAAUACUUCCAUACCUUACUCUUUUGAUGACAAAGUAGUAGAGAUCUCCAGUCUUCAUGUUGGGCUCCCAAAUACUGCUCUGCCUCAUAACCCAAAAGUUGAUGAGAAAACUACAAAGAACCUUGUGAAGAAGAGUGUUUGCCUCAAGAGAGAUUCCUCAGAUGAAGAAAGUACUCCAGUGUCCUGGAAAACUAAGUAUACUGCUCCAAAAGUGAAACACGGUUCUCAGAAGCAUAGCCUAGCCCAGGUCAGAGAUAAACCCAGAAAUCUGAAAGUAGAUGCUAAAGAAACCAAACCAUGUACAAAGUCUUAUACAACAGCUGAAGAAGAAGAAAACUCAUUCUCAGAUCCAGCAAAAAGGACUCAGAGUUUUCUCCAAUAUCAUAAGAAAGAUGAGGACUCUGCUGCCUGCUUAGAAAGUCCUCUCCCUUUACGUCAGAGGUUAAAACUCAGGUUCCAGAACACUUGAAGUAGAUUUUAUAAUACUUAAUUUAAUUUAUUUGAAUGUUGUCAGCAUUAGCUGGUUCAUGGUUGGUAGGAAAUUUACAUGGUUAUGUGCCAUUUUAAUCAAAUUGUGGUUUAAAGUGUUAGCAGCCAUGUAUGGUUCAUGCCUGUGAUCACAGCACUUAGGAGGUGGGUGUAGUCCAUAGGAACAGGAGUUCAACAUCAUCCACUGGUGUAUGAGGAGUUUCGGGCCAAUCUGAGUUAUCUAAGGAAGAAAAAAUGAAAACUUUGACUACAAAGUUGCUUUUUUUUUAAUGACAAAAGAUGUGAUUUUGAUUACAAAAUAUGGUGACAGCUUCAAAUAAUGUUUUAGGACAUAUUUUACCAUUCUUGAAAUGUCUUUACUGAUUAUUGUCUAGCUUUAACCAAUUAAUGUAUUCUUUGAUAGAAUAAAUGCGCUAUCAUUUCUAAUUUUUCUUAUGUAAGCCUCUAAAGUAUUUGUUACAGUCUAGUUUAUUCCCAAGAGGGUAACACUUUGUAAUUGUAUUGCAGUGUCUUCAUGGCCCUUCCUAAUGGUAUAUUUCCUCUUCAUGUUGAAGUACCAUUAGCAUGCUCUUCCACUUUUAGUAAUGUCAUUUUUGAGAAGUAAAAAUGGAAAAAGA